AUGACAGCAGGUCAUGACUAUCGGCCAGUGACAGUGUGCGGAUCAAUACGACCAUCCGACAUUGUACACCGCAAGAACCUGAAGACAGCUAACCAUGAAGCGGAAGAGAUGGAUAGGAGGUGCCAUGAAGCAGAGGUGAACGAGCAGAUCCAAGACUUCGAGCACAAGCUCGGCUGGAAGAUGAGGAGCAACCUGGGGCCACGAUGGGAGGAGCGCCGUGCGAUGGAGCUGGAGGAGGAGAGGAUCAUUGGGCUGAGGAAGCAAACCCCUCUUAGGCCACCGAGCCCCGCUGGCUUCUACGACUACCAGAUGCCGCAGACAGCAGGAAGUGCACAGCUCGAGCAUGACAUGAUGGAGAUCGCAUCCUUCAGAGGAAGUGGAGGCAUCGAUGUACAGAGCUUCGACGGAGGAAACGUGAUCCCCGAUCGCCCUGACACAGGGUAUGAGUCCGUCCGGUCGGUACACAUCGUGACUCGCCGCUCCCUCCGCUCCUCCUCCCGCCACACAGAAGCGAGCGGCUCUUUCUUGCGAACAGGGAGGACAAACUCUUACAUGCUCGGCUCCGAUACGCCUACUGCAAGGGCCACUAUCAAGUGGUGGACUUCGCAGAGCAUGCUCGAGCCUAUCUUCAUGCCGGCAUCGCAGACUCAGCGAGUCUUGCUCUCCCGCCUGCAGCCUGCCAUGUUGUCGCAGACCAACGGAUCGAAGCGAGCAGCCACGUGGGAAGAUGGACCCGGCCGGCGCUUCUGGCGGGUACAGGAGAAGAACCUGCAGGCAGCAGUGAGGAGGACGGAGGCAGAAAACCAGCUCAACGAGCAGAUGAAGGGGGACAAGCUAAAGAAAACCCAUGACAAGAUAGUCAACACGCUGAGGGUGAGGCACAACCGGGCGGUGAGGGAGGCGACGAAUAGGAAGGAAUACUACCCGAGGGCCAAGAUUUU